CCAACAGAUUGUUCAUUAACAUUAAAGGAUUUUACAGGAUGGUUAGACUCAACGUUACUUCCUUAUCGAUAUAAAAAUUGCACAUUCCAUUUUCCGAAAUUAAUACAAAAUCAAUAUAAAAGUCAACCACCUGGGAUGCUUGUAAGAUUAAUGCGAUUAAAUGUGCCAUGUACCAGUGGCGGUUUUAUAAGAUUUAACAAAACAAUUACAUUAUGUGGAAAGCUUGAGGAAUUGUCCGAAUCUCAACGCACACUUUACUUCCAAUCAUUCGACAACACAUCAUUUAGUAUAUUUAAUUAUCCGAAAUUUUAUUUCGUUUAUAAGCUCGUCGACUAUUGUUACAAUGUAACACUAAUGGAUCAAAAUAGUUCAUUUAUAAUUCAGCCAAUGAGUCAUUUGGCACUAAAAUGUCAUUUUAAAAUACAUUUACCAUUUGGCCAUAAUAUUGCAUUAAAAUUACGCCUUAAUGGAAGUGAUAAUGUGCCGAAUGUCGUACGUGACAUUCAAAUGACACAUUCGACGACGCGCAACGAUGACCAUUCAAUGCAUUUAGACUAUAAUAAGAUCGAUGAUGAAUUUAUAGAAUUAGAGAAUUUUGCUCCUAACACCGACUCGUUUACAUUCGAGAGUCACAGAAAGAUUGACUGCGAAUGGAUUUUAAUCGAAAUUAUCAAUCGAAUGAAUGAGAAAUGGAGUGAAUGUUUGAAAUUGUCCGAUCGUAAAGCAAAUAUUGAAUUUAAACUCGCAUCGCCAGACAAUGUAUUGCUUAUUCGAAUAACAAAGAGACAACAAAUGACAAUGCAACAAAUUUCUAGCACAAAUGUUCUCGACAGUACAACGAUCAUGAGUGAAAAUAAUGUAAAAAAAGAGAUUUCAUUUCUAAAUCUUGAAUAUACAGCUGUUCCAAUAGAAAAUAUAGUGUCACAAUGUGCCUUCGGAUGGAUACUCAUUGGUCAAUAUUGCGUUGCAUCGUUCGACGAACUUAUGACAUGGGAUGGUGCUGAGAAUAAGUGUAAUGAGCUUGGUGGUCAUUUAGCUUCAAUUAGUAAUGAAAAUGAGCAGCAAUUGGUGGAUAGAAUGCUGAUUAAUAGUGCACAUUACAACGAGCACGUGUCUUACUGGAUAGGAGCAACGGAUAAGUACUUUGAGGGUGACUUCCGGUGGACGGAUGGACAACAAUUCUCGUUCACAAAAUGGUUUCCCGGAUGGCAAGAGCAUGGAAAUUAUAAUCGACAGCCAAACGAUGAUGGAUUAAGCGAGCAGGAUUGUGUGGAAAUAAGAAAAUUUUAUCAUCGACCUUCCACAAGUGGAAUAUCCUCAACAACAACCUCACUUACCGAGUCAUUCAUGUGGAAUGAUCGUGAUUGUGCAACGAGAAACUUUUUUUUAUGUGAACGGCCUCUUAUUGAUGAGCCUGUGGGUACUCUCGAGACAGAAGAUUGUAAUAAAACAAUUCAUUUGACACGUGACAAUAUGAAGAUGAGCAUCACAAGUCCAGGAUAUCCGAGAUAUUAUUCGGACAAUAUCAAUUGUUUUACAUUUAUCACAGCAAUACCUGGAUUUAGAAUAUUUAUAGAGUUUGAAGAGAUGGUGCUUGAGAAUGAGCCACAAUGCUCAUAUGAUUUCGUAGAGAUGUUUGAGCCAUUUUCAAAUAUCACAAUGAGGUCAACAAGACAGAAACGAAAUAAGGAGGAGAUGAAGAUUAAUGACUUUUCAAGUAUACAACAGCAACAGUUCCUUGAGUUUCAGCAAUUGUUGCGUGAUUACGAGAAUCAAAAAGCUGAAUACCGAAACAUAUUUCAGCCGUCGAAUAGCACAUACAAUACAUUUAUUCCACCACCCAGUACAUUAAGUGACCGGAUGCCACGAAAAAUGUGCGGCGAUUGGAGCUCAAAACUAAAAUUAUUGCGAUACAGGUCAAGGAGCAAUUUUCUUGGCAUUCGUUUCUCUUCCGAUUACUCGCACCAUUUUAGUGGAUAUAAAGCAAAAAUUUCCUUGGAGAAAGCUGCAUCGGAGUGUGUCGAUGAACGUUUAAAAUUAUUCAACGAAUCAUGCUAUCUGGUUGUAUCAUUUCCCGAGGUCGAGUGGGUUGUUGCACAAAAAAUAUGCCAUAGUUUGGGCGCACAAUUAUCAUCGGUCUCAUCCUCCGAUGAGCACAGAUUUAUUGUCACAGCAAUAAGGAACAAUGCGGAAUAUAAUCAUCGUCGUUUCUAUUGGCUCGGCGGUGAAUAUUCAAAAGAUGGCGAAUUUGAAUGGACUGAUGGCUCAAAGAUAUCAUUUACGGGUGGAUGGACGCAAGGUCAAGAAAAGUUAAUGUCAAAAGCACUAAAUGAUCCAGUCUGCUUGGGUCUACAAUGGAAAUCAACUGGCAGUUUAAGACUUCCAUCAAAUUUAUUUUGGUCAUCACAAAAGUGUUCACAAUUAGGUGGUUAUGUGUGUAAGCAAAAUAAGAAAAGCAAUACAUUAAUACAAAAUAUGACAAUCACGGAAAUUGAGGGACGAUUAACAUCGCCUGACUAUCCGAAUCAAUAUUCAUCGAACAUUAAUUAUUGGGUUAAAAUAAUUGCACCGAAACGAAGUCGAAUAAUAAUGCAAUUUCAAAAGAUUGACAUCGAAUAUCAGCAGGAGUGUCUGUACGACUAUGUCAGCAUACAAGACUCCGAAUUUCAUUAUGUACAAACAAAUCAGAAUGACUUAAAUUCGCCAUCAACGAAAAAUGGCGAUGCAAAUAGUGAUGAGACAUCAACACGUCACGUCCUUGACCGAAGAAGAAAACGAGCAGCUAAUAAAAUUGAAAUUAAAACUGUUGGUGUAAAUGACUCAUCGCCAUCAUUUCAAGCGUACGUACGAUGGUGUGGCAGUCAUGAUGGUGAUAUGUCAAAAUUUGAUUUUGUCUCGCGCUCAAAUGAGAUACUUCUCAAUUUUUUUACCGACAAUGCUAUUGCGGGUGAAGGAUUCUCGGCAAUAUGGAGAUCGAUUGACUUAUCAGCAUGUCCUGGUCAAACUUUAACGUCACGCGAGGGAAAUAUAAGCAGCCCAAAUUUUCCACAUUUUUUAUUUCACAAUCUCAACUGCAGUUAUACAAUUCAAGCACCGAUUGGACGUAAAAUUUGGAUAGAAUUUCUAACAUUCAACAUUGAACAUGAUGCGUCAGUACACAUAGACCUUGGUGACGGUGUUCUAUUACAGCCAUUUCAAGACUCAACGAUUGUGAGUGACGGUGUCUUUGCGAGUCUUGGUGAACACGUUAAAAUCUUUAUGAGAACUAGAAACAGUCCACGAGGGAAGGGCUUUAAUGUGGUAUUUCGUACAAUGCCACAAAUUGUUGAACAUCGAAUUGUAAACUUAUCAAAUUCGACAUUUGGACGUGUUUACCAUCUCAAUUAUCCACAUUCAAGGGGCAUGCCGGAAAGUAUUGAUUACACACAACAUCUCAUAGCACCUUCGGGCGAUGUCAUAUCGAUCGAGCUACGUAGUGUCCAAUUUACUGAGAAUGGAUGUAACGAUAGUGCUGUAAUUGAGAUUUACGAUAAAUAUGCUGAUAGAAAUGGGACAUUUUGGCAACUAUGUACAAUAAAUACAAAAAUAGACUCGAAUAGCAUUAAACAGACUUCCGCGCCAGCUAUUUUCAUAACUUCAUAUCUCAAUACGAUUCACAUACGACAGUAUUCAAACAAUAAUCAACUUGGUUUUCUAAAUGCCACCGUACGUGUUCAGUCAGAUAUAAACUUCAAAAUUAAACUGAUAACGAGUACUGAAGAUUGGGUGGAGAGCUGUAAUCCAAAUCCAUGUCAACAUGGUGGCAAGUGCAUUCUAUCAGGCAAAAAGCAAAUUUGUCAAUGCAUUGGACAUUAUACGGGUCGCUUUUGUGGAUUAACAAUGUGUGAACUUGAGCCAUGUGUGUUUGGACAGUGCGAAUUAACUGUAAAUGGCUUUAAGUGUCAUUGCCAAUCGGGCUACUUGGGCAUGACGUGUGAUCAAAGACAGAAACCGUGCAAUGAUAAUCCAUGCGAGAAUCGUGGUCAAUGUGUUGAAAAAAAUGGUGGCUAUGAGUGCAGAUGCUUUGCAUGGUUCGAGGGGCCAAAAUGUGAGAGACGAAUGAAAAUUCCAUAUCGUCCUCUUUCCGAGCGAAUGCUACAAGAGCCGUUUUGGUUGGGUUUAAUAACUGUUUUUGUUGUGCUGUCCGUAAUUGGAAUGGUAUGGUGUGCCAAGAGACAUUUUCCGGAAAAAAUUGAAAAAUUAUUGCAAGAGGAGGCUGAUCGGAAUCGUCCAUCACAUUUACGGCACCAUCAUCACAUAUCAUUGAGAGAGCAAUUGCAAGUAGCUGGCGCCGCAAACAAUCCAAUUAUGCAGGGAUCGACAGGACAGGCGAAUGUAACGACGCCCGGAAGUGACUCACGAAAGUCAAUCUUCAAUCGUUUGGGUAUAAGAAAACCAUCUAUUUUAAGCCUCAGCAGUCCUCAAAUUCCAUCCGGUUCCACUGCGCGUACAUUCUCGCUAGAUGAUCUUUUGAGGCCACCUCCUCGUCGUACACCGUCACCAAGAAAGAAGCGAAACAACUCGACGCCAACUCGCAAAAAUAAUGCUGAGAAAAAGCAAAUUUUGCAGCAGCUUGUGUCGCCAAAUACGAAUAAGGUAACACUCGGAGAAUUGAUUCAGUUGUCAGAAAGUUCAAACGCAAUAGUUCAUGCAAACAAUUCUUCACACGACUCAGAUGAUAUCAAAGAGACAGCAUUUAAUGAUAGUUCAACAUCGACGCUUGUAGGCACAGGUUUGCUUACACGACAAUUAUCAUCCGAUCCAAAACUCGAGAAAAAGGUAACAUUCGCACGUUUGCUGAGUAAAAUGUCAGCUGAGAUAACAAGUGGAACUGAUAUUGAUGGCAAUCAUUCGAGUGCUUUGAGUCUCCCAACAGAAGUUCAAUUUCGAGCAAGUUCCGUUCCACCAUCACCAUGUACAAAUGAUAUUCGAUCGCCUCAUAGUACGUCCUCAAAUCAAGGCAGUGGCUCUUUGUCAAGUAGUGAGCUUGCGUUACAUGACUUUUCAUUACGACAAAAUAGCAAUCGAAAGCAGAGACCAAAGGUGUCGAGUGCUGAUUCAAUAUUGGCAAUGUUUAGAAACUUUGCGUCAUCAAAUGCUGGCAUCAAUUUACCUGCAUCCCUUAUAAUUUCUCCAUCAUCAACCCCUACAGCAUCGUCACCUCAAGACGAUAUCGUUGGUGAUGAUGAGUCGUCAACAUCAUCAAUACCCACGCCAGUCAGUUUCACAAGUAAUGCUCCAGAAUCACCGAUAUUUUAUCGUCAAAGUACAAUCGAAGUUCCUGUACUCGAUGCAAUUAAUGCACACAAGUCACAACCAAUGCAAAGUCAUCUCCAUCCUCCAACGAUUCUCCUUGAGAUUCCAGGCAAUAUCAAUAAAUGUUUAUCGCCAAUACGGGAACUACCAACACCGAUGCCAUCACCUGCAUUAACACCGGUAAUGCCACGACCACAUCGUAUGAUCAAAUCACAGCAGGUUCAUGAUGAAACAAUAUCAGUCACAUUUAGCGAUGAAGACGAUAAAAAUCAGCCACAGCACAAGCCACAUCACAUUCUAGUCGACCUAUCCACCGAAUUGAAUCGGAGAGAAGAUUCUGAAAAUGAAGAUUCAAUAACAACGCCAACGAAUACAAUAUCAUCAAGUGACAAUUCACGCUGCUCAGUACGUCAAUCAAAAUUAGUAUCAAUGCCAGCAAUUGACAUUUGUCCACCUACACCUGUUGAUGUAGAGCGCAAAAUAUAUCCCUUGUCUCAAAGACCAAAAGAUCUUAUAAUACCUGAUCUUAUUAUACAAACGCCAAGUCCAACAAAGGAAAGAUUACCUCUGCUCAUAUUUCCGGGAUCACCACCGCCACAACGUGCAAGUAUUGGCGAGACCAGCGGAUUAUUUCCGAAUAGACAACAACAGAAACGAUUAAUGAUGCAAUAUGAGAAAUAUGAGAAGCCAGGGUCACUGGAUUUUCAAUUUGCCCCGCCGAUGAUAACAAUAAUUCCUGCUAAUAUGAGUGAAGCUGAAUCUGACGCAGAAUUCAUAUCGCCAGCUACAUCAAAAGCCUCAUUGAUGCCACACAGUAAACAUUUAUUAAAUCCAUCAGGCAUGACACAUUUGAGUCCAUUUUCGAUGUGCACACGUGGCGAUAGAGCGCCAUCGGAGGGCAAUUUAAGUUCGUCAGGAUAUUCAAGCAUGGCAAGUCCUGGACCGAGUCGUUGCAACUCUAAUAAUCCAUUAUGUCCAAAUGAAAUUGAUUGUAACUCAUCACAAUGCGGUGAUUUAACGAUAGUAAUUCCAACAAUAGCACGACGACAUCAAUCAAUAUUGAAGAAGACCGAUGACAGUAAGAAGGGAAAUGAAAAUAAUUCUAAUGAUUGUGAACAGCAAUUUCGUAAACGAUCGGACUCAGAGACAUUAUCAGAUGAGACGCUGUUAGAGUCAAACGAUGAAGGUAUCGGAACGGAUCAUCUAGAUGAGAAGAUUGAAGAUGGAGACAUAAGAAGCGCAAAAGAACUCGAAAUAUUUAUUGGAAAAGAAUUCUUGGAGAACGGUAAAACUUUAAUGGGAACUGAGGAAGUUCUCACAAUGUCACAACUCCAAUUGCCAUCGAUUGUAAUUCAAUCAGAGUCCGGAUAUGAUAAAUUAUCUCCCGUCUCGUCACGUUCAGAAAGUCCAUUGAGCGAUCGAAAUAACAAUGGAAUGGGAAGAUUUUCUCCGCAAUUUUAUAAUAAACGUGAGCAGCAAUUGCCAUUUACCGACUCAGACGGACUUUAUGAUUUUCCAUCGUCUGAUGGUAAGAGCAGUGGACAUUAUCGGAAAACUGUUGGAAAGAGACGAGACAAGAGAAAUUUAAAAUCAAAUCAACCACAAUCACCAUCAAAGUCAUCAAUUCUUCUGGAGAUUCCUCAAAAGGCAAUCACAAUAAAUUGUACACAAACGAAUGUUCCAUCGAAAUACAACAGUGUAAAUGUCAAUAGGAAGAGUCCGAAAAGACGAUCACAUGCUAGAUACACACCGAGCAGUUCCUCGUCUACAGAAUCACUAACGACAACAAAAGAGAUGUCCAUGCCAUCAAUAAAAUUGCGUGACUGUUUAAUAGAGAAUAUCGAGUCAAGGCAAUAUGUGAACGUGCUUGAUGAUGCGGAUAAAUCAUCAGCAUCUCUUUCAUCGUCCGAGUAGUCCACGCUCUUCAUCAUCAUUCUAUUCAUUUAUGUUUGAAAGUUUGCGUUCGUGUGUUUUCCGUUCUUUCGUUUCCUUUUGAAUUUUUGAUGUAUUUGUGUACUUAUAAUUAUCUAAAAUGCUAAGUAUGGACCAGGAUCGUCCAGUUUUGUUCCCAAGAAGACAGCAGAGACGAUGGUCCCAAAGAAAGUCGAACAACAAUUGCAGCAGCAGCCGAAGAAAUUAAGUCGACUGAAGGCUAUUGGGAAUCAGAUACGAUUUCUGAGACGAUUAGAGCAAGCGUUAAGAGAUCGAGACAAGAAUAUGUCGGAUAGCUGUAAUGACAAUGAGAGCGACAUAAUGGAUUCGCCGAAGGUAACAUCACCGUUAUUAGCAUCCAGCAAGAAUACAGCAAAACAAAAACCAUCAGCAUUUAAAUUCGCACGACAGAAGCGUGUCGUGAAUGUAUAUACAUUUGAGCCGGAUCGUGAAAAUUCAUUAUUAGAUAAGGAUUUCCUGAGUGAUUAAGUGUGAAUAAUUUUUCCUUCUCAUAUUAUCUUGAUUUUUCCUUUUUUCCGUUCCUUAAUUAUUCAUGAUUUUAAUUAGAGAAAAUGAAGAAGCUUCCAUGCUGUCUGGGUAUGGAUAAUGAAAAGCUUUUGACAUUAAUUUGAACUUUUUGUGUGAUAAAAUAAAUUUAAAACAUGUUUGCGAUGUAAAAAGAAAAAUUGUGUGAUAUGUACUUAAUAAAAACAAUUUAGUAAGUUUCUCAAUUUGGUCAAACAAAAAAAUAUAAUAUAAAGUAAAAAGCUAGGAUGUAAGAAAAGUUUGUGCUUAUGAAAAAAAAGUCAAUUGAGCUCUAAUAGCCGAAAAGUUUGAGAUAUUGACGAUGAAUUUACGAGAAUUGACAGAAAUCGUCAACAUCUGAGAAGUUUGAGUUAUGGACAAAGGGAAAGUUCAGUUGGAUAUGAUGUUUUGACAUUUACUUGAUAACGUUAGCAUGACAAUGUCUUCAAACUUAAAAGUUUCUUAACUAGAAGAUCAAUUUUUGGAUUGUUGAACUUUUUUCAUGGGCUUUUUGCUGUUUGCAAGAGUUUGCAUUAAUGAUUUGGUUCCAUCACACCUAUGGACUAAAGUUGGUUACAGCGGAUAGCUCUAGAAACCAAACCCCUGACAUCUAUGUCCUCCAAUCCAUUUAUUAAUGCCAAUAAUUUGUCAAAAAGUUUUAUGUUAAUUCGCAUCUGAAUGAACACAGAACUAAAGCUACUAAAGCACAAUUCUACAAAAAUAGAAUUAACAUAAAAGCCAAAUUAGUUCCAAUCCAUUAAACAGAAAUGGGUUCAUUGAACAUUGAAUUUCUUGUGCUAAUCCAUAAAUUGAGUGUUGAUCUCCAUCACUAAUCACAUUUUCUCGAGAAUGAAAUUAACAAGAAAACUUUUCGUCCACAUAAACUUCCUAUUCAGCUGAGAGCCUUGAUAACUUUUCGACUAUUAGGAGCUUUUUUCCACUUAAAAAAUUAGCGUGACAAAAUUUUGUGUAAAUUCUACCGGAAUUAAAUUUCCUCUAUAAGCAAUAUCAUUCAAGCAAAGAUACUCUCAUGAGACUCUUCUCCUUAAUGACGUCAUUGAACCUUAACGACUAUUAAAUCUUGUAGACAAUCUCCCUUUCCAUCAUGUCUCUGUUCCAUCCCCGACUUUACAAUUGUUUUGUAACAAUGACAUUUUAUUGUCACAAUUCUUUCAUCUGAGUUUUAUUAUUUUUCCUUUUUGGGGAGAUAAGAAUAUAAACCAAAUGACAUUUUAAUCUACUAUGAAUCUCAAUUUGAUGCUAGAAUCCAACUUGAAAUUUUUUCUGCGAUGAAACUUCUAUACGACAAAAAAAUCAUUUUUCAAUUAAAAAAUUUGAACUUAAUUAGUGGAUAUAAAAUUAUGAUGUUAGAAAGGAAUGGAUGAAGUGGAUGACUAAGGUGUAUUUUUGUAGAAUAAAUUUGGGAAAAAUGCAAUCCUACAAAACAAUCCUCUCCCUCAUAAUGGGGAACUUAAAAUUGCAGUAGUUCUCAACCUAUGUUCUGUAACACACAUCAAUUCCGCGUAAAAAUCCUAGAAAGAUCUACUAGGUCACAGAAUGAUGAACAUGACUUUAUUGUAAAAUUUGAGCAACACUACAAUUGUGUAUCGUGGAUAAAAGUUUGAGACACACUGUUCAAUAACCAUAGCUAUUGAAUUUUAACUGAGAGCAACCUUAAUAUUUUUAAAAAUGAUCCCCAACGAUUCAAAAAUCCCUCAAAAUAACAACUGCUUGCAUAACCUCAUUUUAUUCUACAAAAAUGCACUCAAAAAAACUAAUUUAAAUAAUUAAUGACAAAAUUACACACAGAGAAACACAAAAACGAUGCUGUUUUGAGAAAAAGCUGUUCCCAUUGCAACAAGAAAAAAUUGUAAAUUUAUCAAAAUGGAUGGGCAGCAGCUGUUUAUUGAGAAAUAAAGUUUACAUAAAAUACAUAAGGUUUAAAUACAAAAUUCAUUGCAAAUAAUUUUUAAAAAAACGAAUUUUUAAAUGCUCGGUAAGCAAAUGGCUGUUGGGGGUCUUGUGUGAAUUAUUUGGAGCUCUCUAAAGCAAUGAUGUCUAACUCUUCGGCCGUAGCCAAACAAAUUUUUGGUAUAUCCCACGAAUUUAAUGAUGUGUUCCGUUUUGGUCAUGGCUUACCACCAAGUGUGCCGUGGCACGUAAAGAUGAUACCGCAAAGGAGGUUCUGACCCCAAUAAUGAUGGUUUUCUUAUUGUGGCCAGUGAGUUUAAUUACGAUCAAUUAGAAUCAUGACACUAUUGACCAUUUCAUGACAGCUACUUUAGUCAUCGACCUUAGUAGGAUCCCCAACAACCAUUUGCUUACCUCGAUUAAAUACGCUAAUAUUUGAGGCCGAAGAAUUUAAAUGAUAAUGAUAAUUAGGGAUAAUCUUUUAAUGGCAAAAGAGCAAUUCGGUAUGGCCUGAUAAGAGACUGAUUUUUCAUGACAAAAAAAUUGUACUCAUAAGAAGAAAAAAAUUAAAUGAAAAAUUAUUGGCCGUUGAAAAUUUAUUUAAGUGUUGAAAAAAUUCACAUAUUUAAAAUUUUUGGUUUUAAAAGACAUGCAAAUUUAAGUUUAGGAUGAUAUUAGAAGUAAUCGAGUUUGACAUGCACAUGAUAUUGUAGUUUGGCGAAUUUUAAUGGUAAAAUUGAUGAAUCUGAAAGUUAAGUUUUUGCAGACUAAAUCUGAUGAAAUAAUAAAUUUGCUAUUAUUUUUUUUGACAUAUUUGACGAGAUGACAACUUCAAUCCCCUAGAACAAUACAAUUCCUAAAAAACAAAUCCUAUGAGUACGAGAAAGUCUAACUUCCGAUAACAAUUGCUAUAUGUAAUAAAAUAAAUGAUAAAGAAAAAAUAUAGAAACUUUAUGGAUCAAAUAGAUGUAACACAACAAUAGAACCAAUAGAUGUUUAAUAGACAGUUACUAAUUAUUGGAAUCAGUCCUUAAUCGACAUCAAAUAUUGCACUUGAAAAUCUUUUUCUGUUGCCUAUUAUUCUAACUCUACGGGUACACAAUAAAUCUUGAAAAUGAAGCAAAUAUUAUAUAAAAAUGAUGUAGAUGACUAAUGAGUAGCUAGUCCUUAAGACCUUGAUAACUUCUUAUUUGUGUUUAAAUCAAUUUUCGUUUAAUUUAUUAUUUUGGGCUGGAAUUUUUUCAUUUGAGGGUGAAAUUUUAAUUUUUUUUGUAAAGUUUUGAAAUUGUUGGCAAAAUUUUUGAAAUUUUUCCACAAUUUUCUGCAAUUUUCUCAAAAAAAAAUCCAAUUUUUUCCUCAAUUACAAAUUUUCCAAACAAACUUGUUGAAAAAAAGUAAAAAAAAAACUUCUGUGAUAAAUUUCCAUUUAAAACAUUAUAAAAAUUGGAUAAAAUUUUUACUAUUGAUUGUUAAUGAAUAAAGCACUAAGCUCCAUGCUGGAUCCUACUAUUUAGAAAAAUUAGAAAACUGCGCUUAACAAAAUCUGAAGCAAUAUUUUGCUUAAUUUAUAUUUUUGCGAAUUUUCUAGACAUUUUUACUUAUUCAUGGUGUUGCUCAACAAAGCAAAUAAUUAGGCAUGCAAUAAGUUUGAGUCCUUCCUCUAUUUUAUGCCCUAUUAAAGUGUCUUUAAAGUUAUAUACAGUACAUUAAAUCUACGUAAGGUACGUUUUAUGGAAACUUAAAAGUUUAUAAAGAUAAAAGCUGAGAAAUUUUUAGAGUUGUUUUAAGGUUUGAGUUCUUUUUGAAAAAUUAAAUCAAAUUUCUAUUUGCAGAGACAUUUUUGACUCAAUAUAUUUGGUAUAAAUUUAUAAAACCUAUGUUUCUGCAAAAUUGUAAGUUUCAGAAUAUUAUAUUGUUUUUAAAAAAGCUCUGAUUUUGUUUUCAGUCAAGAUAAUCAAUUAGUAAACUCAAAACCAAGCAACCGAAGGUUUGCAGACAUUAAAGGGAAGGAGAAGGAAAGUUUUAAUAAAUUAAAAUUGUAGAAUUAUUUUGAUUUUUAUUUGAGAAUAGUUUUUAAUGAAUGGUCAACCCUAAUUGGAAUUUCAAUAUGUCGUAGCCAGUAAUUCGUAAUUUUUGAGGGGUGUGUGGUUGAUUUUUUGUGUGUGGACGGAUCCCCUCGACCCUCGAGUUUUAACAGCUAUAUAAAUUUUAUUUUUUAAUCUCUGCUCAACUUUUAAAUUUCCAUAAAAUCCAAAAAAUCGAUAAGACCAACAACACAUUUCAGUCAGCUAUAAAUGAGCUAUUAAAUUUUAUGAAUUUGAUCACUCAUAUUGAUAGAAAAUUAGAUAAAAGGAACUUCCUAAUUUUAUCGUUGUUGAAAUUACCACACAUCAAUUUAUUUACUUUGCGAAGAAGAAGAUAAAGCUUUUAAAAGCCAUAUUCUUGGAAAUUACAUUACAC